UGAAGAAACCAGCGAGAACAAGCUAUUGGAAAAAUAAGAGCCGGACAGAGUGCACAGAUCGUUGCAAAUGCAUAUAACGUCAACGUCAGGACUAUCUACCGUCUGCAACAUCUGUAUAACACCACCAAUACCACCAACGACUGCCCGCGCAGUGGUCGUCCUCGAGUCGCCACACCACGUCAAGAUAGCUUUAUUUUGCGCCAACAUCUGCAAGACCGCUUCACCACGACCACUAAGACGGCUCGCCAUACCAUUGGAACACAGCAACGACCCGUCAGUGCCAACACGGUCCGUCGCCGAAUGGUAAUGUUGGAUAAAUAAUAGGUGGGAAAAUAUCGGAGCUUCAUAUGCUUUGUGAACGAGGUAUUCGUUCUUACUACAAUAAUCGGAGUGAUGUACAAGUGCAUUUAUCACACCACUCGAGAAACAAGAAAACUCUUCCCGUCAUGUCAAUGGAUGGUAGAUUUGAAAGAUGUUGAGGUGGAAUGCUGUACAUAUCUAGCGUGCUUCCUUGUUUCGAUGUGCAUCGUUCUGAUAGUAGAAUUUGUCAAUGACAAGAUAAGAAAACAACCUCAACCAACAAGGCGUCGCAUGGUUGGUGAAGGUCUGAGGCCUUCACUUCCCCCAGGAUUAAGAUCAAGACAUGCAUGUGCACCAUGUAGACCCUGGCCUGCACUAUCAGAUGGUGAUGAUGAUGAUGAUGAUGAUGAUGAUGAUGAUGAUGAUGACACUCUACGACAUCGACGUCAACAAACAAGUUAUACCCCGGAGGUCCACUUGUACUGGGUAUACAAGACAUGCAACAAAGAUACCCACGUGCACCCGUGUGAAUAAGGCUUAAAAUAAAGCACACAUAAUGUCAAAAAACUAAAUUGUGUGUUUCCGGUCAAAUGUUGAUUAUUUAAAGAUUAAGUUACCUUUUUAAAAAAACCCUAAAUCAAUUAUUUACAAAUUAAUGACAAUGCUUUAGUUCGCUAGAUACUACCUUUUCUAUAUACAUGUAUAUUGUAUUUGAGUUGAAAAUAGGUUUCUGUAUAAAUGCUAAGAUUUAUAAAAUAUUUAUAUUCCUAUAGUAAAAAGUAUAUUAUAAAUAUAAAAUUCAUAACACUCAUGACAGCAAGAUGUUCAAGAUUGGUUCAGUUGUGCUUAGUUUUAAGAACAGUCGAUUUCAAAAUUUUCUGCGACCAAACAUUUUAACAAUCACCAUGUACAGUACUAUGUCUAAACGUUUCCUGUUUCCUAUAUAUGUGACACUAUAGCCCUUUAAUUUGAUUACUUCUGAAUUCAUUCAGCUUACAUGUUGGUUAUUAAUACAAACGCUACAAGAAGAAAGUUUAGAAUAUAAAAGGGAUAAGUAUAAAUGGGGAAGAAUAUGUUUAUGUCAAUACGCAGACGAUACUACCUGUAUUUUAGACGGAUCUCCCAAGUCCCUGGACAGUACUUUAACAAUACUAGAUAUGUAUGCAGAUGUUUCUGGCUUGAAAAUAAAUUAUUCAAAAUCACAUAUUAUUUGGAUAGGAAGUAAAAACUGGAAGCUAGCUUGGGGUGCUGAUCAGUUCACUUUAUUAGGGGUAACAUUAAUGCUGAAUAUGGAACAGAUGGUUGCAAAUCUAAAAUUUUGGAAAUGAAAAAUUUGAUAAAUCAAUGGUUAACACAGAAGAUAACAGUUUUGGAUAGAAUCACUGAAGUGAACACACUAGUAGAAGUUAUUAAAACAAAUAAAUACUAUGUUUUUCAAUUUUAUAUGGCAAAACAAAGCAGCUAGAAUUAAAAGAGCAGUUUUAGUGCAAGAUUAUAAAUAUGGAGAUAUCAAAAUGGUAGAUAUUACAAAUUUUGCAAUACCAAUAAAACUGACCUGGAUUAGAAGACUUUUUAUAGCAAAUUCAAAAUGGGCAACGCUCUUCUUUUCUUUGACUGGUUUAACAAUGAAACAUUUAAUAAUUUAUGGGGAUCACGUUAUUCAGUUAAAGAUAAGACAAAGAAAAAACUUAUUUUGGAAAGAUGUACUAAAUAAUUGGAUUUUACUGCAACUUAAACAAACAUUCCUCAAUACACAAGACAUUCUGUGUUCAAACAUUUGGUAUAAUAACAAUAUUGUUAUAGAUAAAAAGUCUGCAGUAUAGAAAAAUUACAUCGAAAAAGGGAUUUUAUUUAUACAAAACUUACUUAAUAACCAAGGACAAGUUUAUAGAUUAUGACAUAUUCAGCUUAAAGUAUAACAUAAAAUCAAAUUUUCUAGAAUUUGCUUCUUUAUUAAAGGCUAUACAAGUUUUUAUACGCAAGAAAACUACUUUAAACAUCCAAACAGUUGGUGUUCCAAAACAUCCCAUUUUACCAGUUAAAAUAAAACCCUUUUUGAAAAGUAAAUCUGGAAGUAAGGAAAUUUAUAAACUACUCAGAGUGGGCAAAGUAUACUAACACACAACGAAAACGCAAAAACAACUUUUCAUUGCAAAUGACGACAAACUAUUAAUGAAUUGAUGGAUAAUGUAAUAUGACAUUAAUGACUGGUAUUCAUGAG